UUGACGUUUAAUGGUAACAAUGUAACAGUUCAACAGACAUGCACAUUAUAAGAGAACCAUGUAAGAGAAGUAUGUAAUAGCUCUGUAAGAGAGAUAUAUGAUUAAGUGUAAGAGAAGUAUGUGAUAGCACUGUAAGAGAUAUAUAUGAUAAAGUGUAACAGAUCUAUGUGAUGAAACUGUAAUUGAAAUAUAUGAUUAAGUGUAAGAGAUCUAUGUGAUGAAACUGUAAGAGAGAUAUAUGAUAAAGUGUAACAGAUCUAUGUGAUGAAACUGUAAUUGAAAUAUAUGAUUAAGUGUAAGAGAAGUAUGUAAUAGCUCUGUAAGAGAGAUAUAUGAUUAAGUGUAAGAGAAGUAUGUGAUAGCACUGUAAGAGAUAUAUAUGAUAAAGUGUAACAGAUCUAUGUGAUGAAACUGUAAUUGAAAUAUAUGAUUAAGUGUAAGAGAUCUAUGUGAUGAAACUGUAAGAGAGAUAUAUGAUAAAGUGUAACAGAUCUAUGUGAUGAAACUGUAAUUGAAAUAUAUGAUUAAGUGUAAGAAAAGUAUGUGAUAGCACUGUAAGAGAGAUAUAUGAUUAAGUGUUAGAGAAGUAUGUGAUAGCACUGUAAGAGAGAUAUAUGAUUAAGUGUAACAGAUCUAUGUGAUGAAACUGUAAUUGAAAUAUAUGAUUAAGUGUUAGAGAAGUAUGUGAUAGCACUGUAAGAGAGAUAUAUGAUUAAGUGUAACAGAUCUAUGUGAUGAAACUGUAAUUGAAAUAUAUGAUUAAGUGUUAGAGAAGUAUGUGAUAGCACUGUAAGAGAGAUAUAUGAUUAAGUGCUAGAGAAGUAUGUGAUAGCACUGUAAGAGAUAUAUUUGAUUAAGUGUUAGAGAAGUAUGUGAUAGCACUGUAAGAGAGAUAUAUGAUUAAGUGUAACAGAUCUAUGUGAUGAAACUGUAAUUGAGAUAUAUGAUUAAGUGUAAGAGAAGUAUGUGAUAGCACUGUAAGAGAGAUAUAUAAUUAAGUGUUAGAGAAGUAUGUGAUAGCACUGUAAGAGAGAUAUAUGAUUAAGUGUUAGAGAAUUAUGUGAUAGCACUGUAAGAGAGAUAUGUCUAUGAUUAAAUGUAAUGGAAGUAAUAAUAAUUUUCAAAAUUAUUUAUUGACCAUAAAAUGUAAGAGCCCUAAUGUCUGGUCUUUUGGAAUUGUUGAGAAAUGUAAACUGUUUGCUAUUCUUUGUAUAUUGUAGCAUAUCCUGUAGAUAUCAGCUGUACUUUCCAAAAAGAGAAAAGUAUAUUCCCCUUUGCAUAUAGAACACAUGCUCAUUGUGAUAGUAAGUGUAUGUGUUUUGCGUGGCUGGUAGUGCAGUGUGUGUGCCUGUGUAUGAAAUGACCAGUGGACCUUGAGUGUACAUGCUUGAGUGAACAGCAGUGUGUCAGGAACUGUGUGUAAAAGGAAGUCAGAGUAUAGAGAAAAAGUGGCUGGAGUAAAGAGCAUAAAGAUGGACGAAUAAAAACAUUGUGUUUAUUGAAGAUUGUGUUGUUUUAGUCUAUUACAUGGUGUCAAAUGGACCAACUCCACCCGCCACAACCGCUGGAAUUAAAUGGCAACGUAGCUGAAAAUUGGAAAAGGUUCAAACAAUCCUUUCAGAUAUAUUCGAUAGCAAGUGGACUGGAUACAAAAAGCAGAGAAGUACAGUCUAUGACAUUAUUGCAUGUGAUCGGCCAAGAAGCAGUGCAAGUCUAUAACACUUUCCAAUGGACGGACAAUGAAUGUAAUGAAUGUGAGAUUAGCAAGUCCUUCCAUACACUUCACUGCAUUCUUAAUAAGUUCGAGAAGUACUGUCUACCAAGAAAAAAUGUUACCAUUGAAAGACAUGUUUUUUUCCAGCGUUCUCAACAUGAAGGAGAGUCAUUUGACAACUUUGUCACUGACAUCAAACUCAAGGCAAAGACAUGUGAGUUUGAUUUGCUUAAAGAUUCCCUAAUAAAGGAUAGGAUAGUUGGUGGCAUAAGGAAUGAGAACACCCUAGCAAGACUUUUGAGAGAACCAGAUCUAGACCUUAACAAGGCAGAAAAUAUAUGUCGGGCAGCUGAGGCAACUGAAUGGCAGCUAAAACUCAUGAAUGAAGAAAGUGGGGUACACGUUGUGAAUUCAGCUACCAAUAGCUUUAAAAGAUCAAAAGGAAAUGUGAGUUGUAGCUAUUGUGGCAAGGAACACAGACCACGUCAGUGCCCAGCUUAUGGGGAAACCUGUCACAGAUGUCAUAAAAAAGGUCAUUUUUCGUCAGUGUGCAGAUCAAAGCCUGUAAGUAUAGUGAAGUCAGAAGGUCGAGAUGACUCCGUUGAGGAAACAUUUUUCAUCGGCAGUAUUGGCUCCCAUAGUCUAAGCAACGAAUGGAACUCACUCAUUACUGUUGAAAACAAACAAGUCACAUUCACGUUGGAUACUGGAGCACAAGUCAAUAUUCUCCCAUACAGAAUCUUCAAGCAAUUAAAAAGAAAGAAACUUCUCAAAUCAACAUCCAAACUUACUACUUACAGUGGAGAAAGAUUGAAGGUUGUUGGCAAAGCACACAUUAAAUGUACUGUUAAAAGUAAGACAGCCAUAAUAGAAUUUCAAAUUGUGGAGACACAUUCAAAGCCAAUUAUGGGUCUACCAGGCUGCCAACAAAUGAAUUUAAUCAGAAGAGUUGACUUUAUAGAGGACGAUACACUCUCAGGCUACGCAGAUGUAUUUACUGGCUUAGGCUGCAUGGAAGAGGAAUAUACUAUUAAGGUCAAUUCCAACAUUAAACCUGUUGUACACGCAGCAAGGAAAGUCCCAGCGGCACUACGUGAGGAAUUAAAAAAUGAAUUGAGAAGAAUGGAAGAUGAGGGUGUCAUUGAAAAAGUAGAUCAUCCCACUGCAUGGGUCAACUCACUUGUUAUUGUUGAAAAGAAAGGAGGCGGAUUAAGGAUAUGUCUAGACCCUAGAGACCUCAACAAAGCCAUUCAAAGAGAACACUAUCAAUUACCUACUAUAGAAGAAAUAGCUAGUCGACUAAGUGGAAGUCAAGUGUUCACGGUAUUAGAUGCCAACUCUGCCUUUUGGCAAAUUAAAUUAGACAAGAGCUGUACAGAUCUAACAACUUUUAACACACCUUUUGGUCGCUACAAGUUCCUUCGUCUACCAUUUGGGCUAAACUCUUCUGCAGAAGUAUUUGCAAAACGUUUCCACCAAGCUUUUGACGUUAUACAAGGGGUUGAGACAUACAUGGAUGAAAUACUGAUAGCAGGUAGAACAAUAGAAGAGCAUGAUGAUAGACUUAGGCAAGUUCUUGACAUAGCAAGAAGGAAAGGAAUCAAACUGAAGCCAUCUAAAUUUAGCCUAAGAGUACGACAAGUCAAGUUUGUAGGACAUAUCAUUACAGAUAGUGGUAUAAAGCCUGAUGACUCAAAGAUUGAAGCAAUACAAUCCAUGCCAUACCCUACAGAUCGCAAGGAACUAGAAAGAUUUUUGGGUAUGAUUAAUUAUCUUGGUAAAUUCUUACAGAACUUGUCAGAAAUAACUGCUCCAUUAAGAGAGUUACUUAAACUAGACAACAAGUGGAUAUGGUUGGAACAACAUCAGAAGGCUGUUGAUUAUUUAAAGAGUUUGAUCACAACCGCCCCAGUUUUAGCCUUUUAGGAUGUUUCACAGCCAGUCAAGUUGUCUGUGGAUGCUUCACAGGAGGGACUUGGAGCAGUAUUAAUGCAGAAUGAAAGGCCAGUGGCUUACGCCUCAAGAUCUCUUACAGACUGUGAAAAACGAUAUGCACAAAUAGAAAAAGAAAUGCUUGCAUUGUCUUCGGAGUUGAACAUUUCCAUUACUAUGUGUAUGGACGUCCAAUAAAGGUUGAAACAGAUCACAAACCUUUGAAAGCAAUUAUCAAAAAGCCUUUGGCAUCUACACCACCUAGGCUUCAGCGGAUGCUUCUUCGACUAAUGAAAUAUGAAAUACUGCUGGAAUACAAGCCAGGCAAAGAAAUGUCUAUUCCAGACACACUGUCAAGAGCAUCGCUACCAAUCAAACAUCCCUCAAGUGAUGACUGGGAUGCACAAGUUCAUCUGAUCAUCAAUAGUUUACCCAUGUCAGAUGAAUAUAUGAACAUUUUUCAGCAGGCCACUGCAGAUGAUGCUGUUUUAAGGCUGUUAAAGAAUAAUAUUAUGAUAGGCUGGCCAAACAAGAGAGCUGAAAUUCCACAAGAAAUUCGAGCAUAUUCAGGAUUUAAAGAAGAACUUCGUGAAAGCAAUGGUUUACUUUUUAAAGGAGAAAGAUUAAUAGUACCAAAAGUAUUGCAAAAAGAAAUGCUUCAAAGACUGCACCAAGGUCAUCUUGGGCGAGAUAGAUGUCUUGUUACAGCUAAGGAGGUGUUCUUCUGGCCUGGAAUGUCUAAGCAGAUUAUAGACAUGGUAUCAACAUGUGCAGUGUGUAACAAACACCAGAAGUCCCAGCAAAAGGAGCCAUUGUUACCACAUGAUACUCCUGUACUUCCUUGGGAAAAAAUUGGAGCUGAUAAUUUUAAGUAUCUCGGUAAAAACUAUUUGCUACUUGUAGAUUACUAUAGUAAUUUUUUUUGAGAUAAAUCUUAUCCCAACACUAAAGGCUUCAGAUGUGAUCAUACAUAUGAAAUCACAAUUUGCUCGACAUGGUAUUCCAAGGGAAGUAAUUAGUGACAAUGGACCCUCAUUUGCUUGUCAAGAAUUUCUGAAAUUUUCUAAAAGCUGGGGAUUUAAGCACAUUACGUCUAGCCCCAGAUUUCCACAAUCUAAUGGUAUGGCAGAGCGGGCCAUACAAACAGUGAAACAGCUUCUAAAUAAAGCUAGAACGUCGGGUCAAGACCCAUAUAUGGCCCUCUUGCAAUUUCGAAAUGCUCCAUGCCCUGAUGGACCUUCACCUGCACGGCUGCUCAUGGGCCGCCGUCUGAGGACGAAUCUUCCGACAACGGAGGCCUAUCUCAGACCUCAAAUCCCAGACAAAAAAGAAAAUGCUUGGAAAACAAGAAAAAGUAAUCAAGCAAAAUAUUACAACAAAACAGCGAGGCGCACCGAGCGACCACACAUUCAGCCUGGGAGCAAAGUGUGGAUGCAAAAGAAGCCUGGCGAUUUAUGGGAACCAGCAGUGGUCAUCUCAGAAGCAGAGACCCCGAGAUCAUACUGGGUAAAAACACUGAAUGGGAUAACUUACCGAAGAAAUAGAAGGAUGUUAAGAGACACAUGUACAAAAUCAAGGGUCAUGCCUGAUAUUUUUUAAAUGGACACCCCAGAGACAGUCAUUAAUGGUCAAACCACACAGCCAGAGAACGUGAGCGAUACAAAUGUGCAACAGGAACAGACUAACACUACCAAUCUGCCGCCUGUAAUAACUCGAUAUGUUAGCCAAGUUCGGCCACCAGUACGUUACCCUGACGCAGAUAAUUAGAUACAUGUAUAUCUUUUUAUUAUUAUGCAAUUUGUAUAUAAUUAAUGUCUAUUUGUAAACCUAGACUGUUGUUGUUUUUUUUUUACUACACAUUUUAUAAUUUAUAUUGUUAUUAUUGAUAAUACUAACAAUUGAACAUUCUGUUGUGUUAAACAUGUAUUCAGUUUACUCAUUUGUUUAUAGUGAGACAGAAAUCAUUUGUAUAGUCAAUUGAUAUCUCAAAGCUUUUAAGGAGGGAGAUGUGAUAGUAAGUGUAUGUGUUUUGCGUGGCUGGUAGUGCAUUGUGUGUGCCUGUGUAUGAAAUGACCAGUGGACCUUGAGUGUACAUGCUUGAGUGAAUAGCAGUGUGUCAGGAACUGUGUGUAAAAGGAAGUCAGAGUAUAGAGAACAAGUGGCUGGAGUAAAGAGCAUAAAGAUGGACGAAUAAAAACAUUGUGUUUAUUGAAGCUCGUGUUGUUUUAGUCUAUUACACAUGGAUUAUCUUUUUUUUUAACCUAAAACAAUUAAACUCCAAAAUAAAAAAUAUUUAAACUUAAAUAUUUUUAUUUUUAAACUUAGGCAAAGUUAUCACAGGCUAUCAAUACAAUGGGACUUAUCAUGAAUAGGCAAAGGGAAUCCCCAAUGGCCACAAGUCAACAGGAAAUGAUGAGAUGUUCACUUACUGAUGAUAGUUUCUGAUGCAGGUCAACAGGCAAUGAUGAGAUGUGCAAUUAUUACAUCAUGUUCUACACAAAUAGUUCUGUAGCUGACUCAUCAGAAGAUUGUAAAUUCAAUGAACUUACACCACUGACAGGAGAUAACUUUCCCAAAGAUGUUAGUGUUCCACUUCCACCCAAUCCAGCUCUUGAAGAAGCAGCCAUAGGAUCUCACAACCAUCCAGGAGUAAAUCCCCCAGAACAAAACAAUGGAACUGUCCACUAAUGUGUAAAAAUGGUCAGUCCUCAAUAAUGUUUGCCUGGGCUAAGAAUGCUCCUCCAACUGUCAUGCCCAAAGGAAAAUGUCAUGAAGUUGUGAUGCUUCUUGAUGCUCUUGAAGAUGGACAGUGAGAUGGUACUUGGCAUCGUAAACAACAUUAUUGUGAUGUGAUGAACUUUUAUCUUGUACAACGUGUACAGCUUGAACCUUGUACAAAAUUGACUAAAAUUUUACACAACACAUCAGAACAGAUCCGGGCGAUUGAAAUCUACCAUUUUGUAGGUCAGAAUAGGCCUAUCCCAGUACAGCAGAUGUUUAGUAGACUCGAGAACCUCUUGCGGAGAGUAUUUAUUAUUAUUAUUAUUAUUAUUAUUAAUAGAGAUAACCAAAACAAAUGAAAACUGCUUAUCCUUAUUAUUCAAAACCAAUAUCUCAAAGCUCAAAAUACCUUGGAAUUAUAAUAUUAUAUUCAUAUUAUGGAAUUAAUUUAGAAAUCAAACAAAUCAUUAGAGCUUAAAAAUUAUUAAAAGAAAUUUUUAGAAAUCCAAUAGGAACAUACAACUGAAAUUCUAUUUAAUCUUAGCAUUAUAAGUUUAUCAGGUCUAAAAUAGAGCUGUUUAGUUUCAAACAAAUGAAUGUUUACAAUUACUGGAGUAAUACAGAGAGUAAAGUUACUUGGAGACAAUUCAGAAGUAAAGUAACAAACAAUAUUACACAAGAAAAAUACGUAAAAAUACUUUAAAAAAAAAAAACAAGCUUAUAUUAAGUGUAAUUGUAUCAAUUAGUUUGGAUCGGUCAUGUAAUUAAAUUUGUAAUAGAUCUAGACUAACAAUAAGUCUGUGCGAUUAGAAAUAUUUCUACCUAUUCUUUUUGUUUAGCGCAAUUUCCUGCCCUUAGCUCUCUCUUAUGGCAGCCUCUUUGUGGAAUAGUGUGGUGGCUUGUUUGAACUCAAUGGGGACCAUGUUCACCUGUUGCUUGCAAAUACACUUUCCACAAAAUAAAUGUUUCCGAGCCGCCUCGUUGAUACCAUGGGAGCUGGAAUCUUCAGAAGUCUUUCAACAGCUUGUUUUAUAUUUUUAAACGCUUUUAGCAUUUGAAGGCUCUUAGCAUAAUUAACAUUUUGCUUUUUAAAGUUCUAUCUUCAAAUUGUUCUAAAUCUAGUUAAUUUAAUCAAGGAUUUUUUUCUAUUUCUCUUAUUAUAUACUCUUCAAUGCUUACUUACAACCUUCACUUCUAGGCCCCAGUAUAUUCAUCAUCAUCAUCACUCCUUUGAGUUCCUCAUGGAACAUAGGGCCUCGACAAAAACACGCCACUCUCCACGGUCUCUUGCUAGCUUUUUGAUGGUGUCCCAGCUCUUCCCGGUCUUCUCUGCUUCUUCAAGUACAUUGCGUCGCCAUGUUCUUUUUGGUCUUCCUCUGCGUCUUGUUCCCUGGGGGUUCCACUCUAAGGCCUGCCUAGCUCUGUUGCUGGUAUCUUUUCUAAGGGUGUGACCAAUCCAUCUCCACUUUCUCUCUAAGAUCUGCACUUCUAUAUUUUUUUGUCCACUCAUCUCCCACAGUUUGGUGUUUUCUACUUUGUCAUACGAGUGUAUUUUUAGGAUAUUUCUCAGGCAUCUGUUGAUGAAGGUCUGUAUUUUUUUUGUUGUGGCUUCAGUUGUUCUCCAUGUUUCAGAACCAUACAGUAGGACAGCCUUGACAUUAGAGUUAAAGAUUCUUAAUUUAGUCUUGUUUGAGAUGUAAGGAGAUUUCCAGGUUGGUUUUAGCUGUGUAAAUGUCUGACGUGCUAGAUUUAUACGGCGUUUAAUGUCUUCAUCUGUUCCACCUGAUAUACUGACUACACUCCCAAGGUAUAUAAAAUUUUCUACUUGGUCUAUUGUCUGAGAAUCCAAUACUAUGUCUCCGAUUUGUUUAUUGUUUACUUUAAGUACUUUAGUUUUUUGAUGGUUUAUUUUGAGGCCUACUCUUUUUCCUACUUCGCUUAAAGCUGUGACCUUUUCUUGCAUAUCCUGUAGUCUGUGUGAUAAUAGGGCUAUAUCGUCAGCGAAUUCCAGAUCUUCCAGCUUUUGUGUGAGAGUCCAUUGGAUUCCUCCCUGUUUGACUCCUGUUGUGACUGGAAAUUCCUCUGACAGCUUGCCACAGUGGGUUACUUGGCAGGUGAAACCAUCAUAAAGGCUCUUGAUUAUGGUUAUUAUUUUAUUGGGGAUCCCAUAAUGUCUCAUUACAGUCCAAAUAGAUUCUCUGUCGACACUAUCAAAAGCUUUUUCAAAGUCGACAAAAG